UUAGUAUGUACUCCAAAAUUAUUUAUAAUAAAUUAAUUAAUAAUUAAUCCAAGAUUAUAAUGAAAUCUUUUAUACUGCAUAAAAUUUUAUUUUCAACAGAAUAUCAAUCAAUACAUGCAUAAUUUUUGGAGUAGUAAAUUUUUCACAAUAUUUAUGCUUAUCACCGUCGAUAUAAACAUGACCAAAGCACACACGAGGUUCAACAAAAACUUGGUUAGGGAAUGUAUGGAGUUUCAUUUUUUGUUUAUUGUUCGUUAUAGUUCAACAAGUUGAUGAGCUAAGAUUAUUAUAUAUUUCAAUUUUAUACAUUUUUUAUUAAUGUUUAACAUAAUGAAGAGUGCUAAAAAGAUAAUAAAUCGCAACAUUUUCAAAUCAUUGUUUUGGACAAGAUUAAAUCAUACUGAAGCCAAAGUUAAAUAUCCACAAAUUAAAUCAACAUCUGAAAGUGAAAAAUCAAAAGAAAAAUCACUUCAUCCGUAUCGUAAAAUUCAUCCUUGGAAAUCGAAAUCCCAUUUUAUCAAAAGUAUUAUUGAAAAACAUGUUAUUUAUAAUUGGGAUGGUCUAGUAGCUGUCAAUAAACCAUAUGGUAUUUCAGCUCGAAUUGAUCGUAAUUUAGUAAAAAAUACUGAAUAUCAAAGCGGUAUUCAUAAUGAAGUAAAAUAUACCAUCACUGAUGCUUUACCUCAGCUUGCUGACGAAUUAAAAUAUGAUUCUUUAACUAUUGUAAGAUGUCCAGAAAAAUUUACAUCUGGAAUUGUGUUGCUCAGUGCAACUGAUAAAAUAAAAAAAGCAGUAGAAAAAGCAUUGGAGAGAGCAGAAAAAUUGCGAUUAAUUCCACGAACAUAUUGGACAGUAACGAGAAGAGUGCCUGUUAGUACAGAAAAUGAAGAAAAAGAAGAAAGAUUAGCAAUGCGACUGGUUAUUAGUCCUGAUAAAAAAAAUGUUAUGCCAGUUAUUAUAAAACGGUGGAGUCACAAUGAACAGAAAAGACGAGAAGUGAAAAUUUUGAAUAUUCAAUAUAAAGUUCUUUGUAAUUCAACAUUAAAUCUAGCAUCUCUAGUAGAAAUAAAAUCAUCAACAACUCAAUGGCAUGCAAUCAGAUUAUAUGCUGCGACAGAAUUAUUAAGUCCAAUUCUUGGAGAUCGAAUCCAUGGAUCACGAGCUCAAGAUGUUAUGGGUAGAUUUAUGAAAAUGAAUCCUUUUGUUGAAGCUGCUCAUGUGAUUCCACAAUUAGAUAGAAAUUUACUAAAAAUUUUACGAGUAACUCAAGGGAAAAGUAUGAUGAUUCCAGUUCAUGUUCACUUAAGAGAGAUCUUUCUUCCUUCGUUUCUACGAAAAGGCAAUGACAUUGAAAUAAAAGCACCUCUACAUCCUGAAUUUUUAUGGACUUGUCGACGACUAAAGUUUAAAGAAGAAAUUUUUAAUCCAGUAGAAAAAGAAGAUAACACUUCUGAUACAAAUAUAAGUUCCAAUAGUGAAGUAAAUAACGAAGAACAAUGUGCUGCAGUCACAUAAAAAUGUAAAUAAAAAAUGAAUAUGUAAAUAAUCAAUAACUUUGAAAUUUUAUUUACUAAUAAUUUUUAUUAA